AUGAGCGAUAAAGAUCUGGAAUAUUUCGAGUGGAACGUGGAGAAUGAUGAACAAGACUCCAACGAUAAGGAAGAUGGCGGUAAUAAUAGAUACUUCGAAUUCGAGGUCAAGAAAAGUCAAGAGGAGCAAGUGGAUUUAAGUUGGCCAGAAGAUUCGAGCCUUCAGCAUAAUGCAAACGAGAAUGUAAAAAAACAAACAAAAAAGAACACAAUUGUGUCUAAUGAAAUCGAUUCAUCACCAAGCAUACAUCACUCGCAGCAUUAUCACUUCACUGGUAUUAUGACAAAAUAUACCUUACAAGCUCUUCUUCCUUCGUAUUUCAAAAAUGAUCUAGAUCUAAAACCUAAAGAAAGGUCUUUAAAAAUCGAUAGAACAAUGAGUAUAAAGGGCUUGAAAUUUCUCGUCAUAAAUGGGAAAAGAGCUUAUCGAUCCUUUGGAUUUUGCCAUCGAGAAAGCAAGAAUUUUGAUAAUUCAAAACAAGAACUCGAAAGGAAGAACAUAGAAAAGGUUGCCGAAUUAGUCGGAAAGAUUAUAAAAAAAUUGUUACAAAAAUUUCAUAGGAUCACUUAA